AUGUCUCUGCGGCUGAGUUCUAGCUUGGGCCUUCAACUACGCGUGGCCAGCUCACAGCCACUGCGGGCCGCCAUCACCCAGGUUCCUGUCCGAAAUGCAGCGCGGCUCGCAGUUCGCAGCAAAGAUGAACAGAAAGCGCAGGAGAACCAAGCCUUGUCGAGACAAAUGACGCGGACAUGGAAAGUCGGCGAUGUCUACGCUCCUCACGAUCUCAGCGGCGCCGAAGCUCGAAAAUGGAAGCAACGAACGCGGCCUACGACUGACGUUUUCGACGCCUUGUCUGUGAAUCCCUUGAGUCUGUACAAGAACUUUUCAAUAAUGUCCGAAUACAUGACCGAGAUGGGCCGCAUUCGACACUCCAGCUCCACCGGCUUGCGACCAGUCAACCAAAGAAAAAUCGCAAAGGCCAUCCGACGAGCAAUAUCCCUAGGCUUAAUGCCGUCGGUUCACAGACAUCCUGAAAUCUUGAAGGCUCAGUUACAAAAGCGAAGAGUCGGUUAA